AUGUCAAAUGUCGUAUUCAUUUUACAAGUUAACGCAUGUGUCCUCAUAAUAUUGAUCCUACUUAUGUCGAUUUUUGUAGUGAUUUUCAGCAAGAAAGUGAGGCGAAAGUUAGGUCUCCAACGUAAUGAAACCGUGCAACGACAGAGCAAUCGACUACCUCAGGCCAUGGAAAGACGACAACCAUCGCAGUGUGCUGUAUGCCUAGAAGAGUUCAAGGACGACGAUGAGGAAGAUUGUAGGUUUCUCUUUUAUAAUUGUAAGCAUCAGUACCAUAAACUUUGCAUAGAUCACUGGCUGGCAAAGGAGACACGUUGCCCACUUUGUCAUGGUUCUACCCCUGGUUCAAGGUCAUCACAUCAGAUAACCGGCACAGUUCAAGCCUAGAGGCUUUGACCCUACGAGUUUCUUCAAAUGCAAACAUAAUAUCUUGG